GAAAAAAAAGAAAAAAAGGAUUUAGCUAUGGAGGGAUUGCAGAGAUCUGAGAUUUCUUUCCGGCGGCAAGGCUCGUCGGGACUGGUGUGGGACGACCGAUUUUUGUCCGGGGAGUUGAAGCAAACGGCCGCCGCAUCGGGGGAGGAGAAUUCGGCGGCAGUGACGGUGGAGCCGAUUAAUACUACGAUGGAGAGAAGCCGAUCCAACGGUGGGCGUGGGUACAGGACGGGGAAGGUACCGCCGGCGAUCGAGCCGCCGUCGCCGAAGGUGUCGGUUUGUGGAUUCUGCAGCGCUUUUGGGAAACCGGCGAGGAAGAGUCGGUGGACGAAAACCGGUAAGCGUAGAUCGGUGUAGGUUCAGAAAAUUGUCCGGCGAGUGGGAUUGUUAAUAGAUAAAAUUAGGAUUUUGUGUAUAAAUUAUAUAAAAGUAAUUAUGUAUUUUGUGUUUGAUUAAAUGUUAAUGUAAAAAUUAUUAAAACUAAAACUUCCUCCAAUUUGCCUUCUA